CCCACGUCUCCUUAUCCCCCAACCGCCAUUACCAACAAACCAUACUCACAAAGCCAACCAAAUUCCCCCAAAAAGAUUACUCUUUUUCUUUUAAUCAUCAGUCACCGCGAAAAUGAUGCAUUACCAGGCAGAGCGCUCAUGGGAGUACUACAUGCCGGCGACGGCAGCGAGAGACCCAGUGGACCGGGUGGUCCGGCUGGCGGCGGGGAGCGCAGUGGUGAUAUUCAGCGUGAGCAGCUGCUGCAUGUGCCACGCCCUGAAGCGGCUGCUGUGCGGAAUGGGAGUGAGCUCAACGGUGUACGAGCUGGACCACGACCCCAGAGGAAAAGAAAUUGAAAGGGCUUUGAUGAGGCUCGUCGGAGCCGCCUCGCCGCCGGUGCCCGUCGUCUUUAUUGGCGGGAAGCUGGUGGGGUCCAUGGACAGAGUUAUGGCUUCUCAUAUCAAUGGCAGUUUGGUCCCUCUUCUCAAGGAAGCUGGGGCCUUGUGGCUUUAGAUCUAACUUUAUUCAACAGCAAUGCCCUUUUUUUUUCUUUUCAAUUUUUUGUUUUUUUGCUCUCUCUUUCUCCAUAUAUGUUUAAAGUUUACCCAAGAUUUUAGAGCUUUCUGCUGCCUAAUGCAUCUAAACUUUUGUUGACAGUCCUUCAUUAAAUUCUUCCUACCAAAUUUCAUUGAAUGUGAUGAGAGAUUUAAGUAUCCAAAUGUGAAAUGGAUAACUGUUUA